AGCGCCAAGGAAGCUGUGCUCGCCUUCUCCAGUUCUCCUCUCAACUCCAUUACGAAAAUCACCUGCAUCGUUAGAUGUGUUGGAAUUUCUCAAUUCUCAUGGUGGUUGCGGAUCUGGACCAACGUCAAUAAAGUCAUUUGAAUUCGAACCCUACGACAAGAGAUCUACUUGUUGGUGGCUGAUUCCCUCAAUCGUUUGCCCGGAUCCCAAAUUUCUAGGCUUUUUCGGUAUAAUAUUGGAAAUCUUGCGGAGGCUUAUGGUAAUUUAGAGGGCUGAGGUUGAAAAAAUGUUGCCUAAAGCUGCAAAUGCGUCUGUUCGGGAUCGGACUCUUGAAUUUCAGAGCACUGCCGAACGGCUGAAGAAAUCAAUUUCUUCGGUGCAUAAUGCCGCGAGUAGUAGCGCCAUCAGCAGUAGAUCGGACCAGAGGUCUUUAGUCUCCAAUCAGUCGGAGUUCAAUAAAAGGGCGUCGAAAAUUGGGCUGGGUAUACACAAUACGUCGCAGAAGCUCUCGAAGCUUGCAAAGUUGGCAAAAAGAACAUCUGUUUUUGAUGAUCCCACCACAGAGAUUCAGGAACUGACUGCAGUCAUCAAGCAAGAUAUUACUGCACUGAAUUCUGCUGUAGUUGAUCUUCAGCUUAUAUCUAACUCGCGUAGUGAAAUUGGAAAUAGUGAUACUACUACACAUUCAACUACAGUUGUAGAUGACUUGAAGAACCGCUUGAUGAGCGCCACCAAGGAGUUCAAAGAUGUCCUAACCAUGCGUACAGAGAAUUUGAAAGUUCAUGAGAACAGAAGGCAGUUGUUUUCUUCUACCGCUUCCAAGGACUCCUCAAAUCCAUUCGUUCGCCAGCGUCCGUUGGCUGCCAGAUCUUCUGCUAGUACUUCUACUCAUUCUCCUCCUCCUUGGGCUAAUGGGUCAGCUCCUUCUUCACAGUUAUUUCCAAAGAAACAAAAUGAUGGAGAAAGUCAACCGUUAUUGCAGCAGCAGCAACAACAACAACAACAAAUGGUUCCCCUGCAAGACAGCUACAUGCAAAGUCGAGCUGAAGCCCUUCAAAAUGUGGAGGCUACGAUACAUGAGCUCGGCAAUAUUUUUAAUCAACUGGCCACCUUGGUUUCGGAACAAGGAGAGAUAGCAAUCAGGAUUGAUGAGAAUAUGGAGGACACACUCGCAAAUGUAGAAGGGGCACAAGGGGCAUUACUCAAGUAUCUCAACAGCAUCUCAUCUAAUAGGUGGCUAAUGAUUAAGAUAUUCUUUGUGUUGAUUUUCUUCCUCAUGAUCUUCCUUUUCUUUGUGGCAUAGUAAAAAUGAGGUAAUUAUAAACAGCUUUUUAUAUUGAAAGGAGGUGAUGACCAUGCCAGUGAAUAUCCAAUACUUUUUUCCUUUAACCCCCAUCACAAGUAUUUUUGUAUUUGUUUAGUGAAGCAAAACAUACUUAUAAGAUGGCGCUGUUUGAUAAUAUGUGCCUAUGUGGAACAUAUAUGACUGUUUUAAAAAAUUUGAUCUGAAACUGAAUAUCGUUGUAAAGAUGGAUAAGAUGAAGGCAUCAAGCACAAAUGUUUUUUCGGAAGUCCAAAACCUCUAGUCUAGUAUAAAAAAUAAAGAUAUUUAUGUGAGGAUAUUAUGUACGAAGUAC